AUGUCUGGAACUGCUUCCGGUGCCUCGGCGUCACGUAAGCAGCCGCCAUGGCGCGUCCCCGAGGGCAAGCCCGUGCCGAAGCUGAAGUUGUACAACUCGAUGACUCGCACGAAGACCGAGUUCAUUCCCAUGGACGGUAACCAGGUCACUUGGUAUGCCUGUGGUCCCACCGUCUACGACUCCACUCACAUCGGGCACGCCAGGAACUACGUUUCACUAGACAUUCUGCACCGUGUCGUUGAGGACUACUUUGGAUACAACGUCCUGUUUGUCGAGAACAUCACGGACAUUGACGACAAGAUUAUCAAGCGUGCACGUCAGAACCAUCUCUUCAACAACUUCAAGGCUGCAACCACGACUGUGACACCCGAAGCGAUCGCCAAAGCUGAGGAAGCCUGGAAACUCUAUGCAGAGUCGGAACUUUCAGCUAUCGACGCGACUGCUGUUCACCAAUGGGCUACCUUUUCGGAAAAGAUCACCAAGGACGCAAUUCUAAAGGCGACCAUCACGACCGCCCAUCCUAAAUUCGCCAUGCACUUUUCUGCGCUCCAUGAGGCAUACGAUGCGAUCGAGCGGGCCAAAAAGUCGCCCUCGACCACGGAUGCAGCCGUUUUUUGCGAUGCUAACAAGACAACGCUUGCGAAUUUGCUCGACAAGGAGCUUUCACACACCGUGAGCGACCCCAAGGUGUUUAGGGACUUGGCCGCUUAUUGGGAGGGAGAGUUCUUCAAGGACAUGGAUCGUUUGGGAGUCCGUCGCCCCGAUGUGUUGACACGUGUAAGCGAAUAUGUGCCCGAGAUUGUCGCAUUUGUGGAGAAGAUCAUCAGCAACGGAUACGCAUAUGAGGCUGAGGGAUCCGUCUACUUUGACACUGCUGCAUUCGAUGGCAAGGAUGGUCAUCACUAUGCCAAGUUGGCUCCGUGGUCCAAGGGCGAUGCUGCAUUGAUGGAGGAAUCUGAGGGCUCGCUCGGUAUCAAGUUGUCUGGAAAGAAAUCGAGUAUGGAUUUCGCGCUCUGGAAGGCGUCCAAGUCGGGCGAGCCCGCCUGGGAUUCGCCAUGGGGCCCUGGUCGCCCAGGAUGGCAUAUUGAGUGCUCGGUCAUGGCUUCGGAAGUAUUGGGCAGUGGCAUGGACAUUCACUCUGGAGGAAUCGACUUGGCUUUCCCUCAUCACGACAACGAGCUGGCUCAGUCGGAAGCGUACCACCAGUGCGAUCAGUGGGUCAACUAUUUUACGCACUGCGGUCACUUGCACGUCGAGGGACAAAAGAUGUCCAAGUCCCUGAAGAACUUUAUCUCUGUCCAGCAAGCAUUGGAGAAGUACACGCCCCGUCAGCUUCGCCUCUUCUUCUUGCUCCAUCAGUGGGACACCGGUGUUGAUUUCAGAGACACCAGCAUGAGCGAGGCUAUUGGAGUCGAGACAACCUUCAACAACUUUUUCGCCAACACGAAGGCCAUGAUCACUGAAGCGAAGCACACCGCUCUGGAUUCGACUGGCUCGCAUAACUUCCGUCGUCUCGAGCUUGAGAUGAUUGCGGCUUUGAAGGAGAAGCAGAAUGCCAUCCAUGCUGCCCUGUGCGACUCCAUCAAUACCCCUAACGCCAUGUCUGAGCUUCUGUCGCUGGUCUCGCGAACCAACGUCUACAUCAAGGAUGCUGGCAAGAACUUGAAUGUCGAUGUCAUCAGCAAGGUCGCGCAGUAUGUCAGCAAGAUGCUGAGGACCUUUGGUCUGGAUGGAGUUGUCUCGGAGCCCAUUGGAUUCGCCAGUGGAGAGGGCGGUGCUGCCGGUGUCUCGGUCGAGGAUAUUGCGAUGCCCUACCUCCAGGUGCUCUCUACUUUCCGUGAUACGGUCCGCAGCUAUGCUCGUGAAGGACGUUCCGUGCAAGAGAUGCUGGCUCUGUCGGACAAGUUGCGCGAUGAGGAUCUGGAGCGUUUGGGAGUUUCGCUGGAUGAUCGCGAAGACGGCAAGGCGUUGAUCAAAUUCAUCCCUGCAGAGGAGCUGGCUGCGCAGCGUCAGGCAAAGGUUCAGCAGGCUGCUGAGAAGGCAGCCCGUAAGGAGGAAGCCGCCAAAGCCAAGGAGGCAGCUCGUUUGGCGAAGCUGGAGAAGGGCAGGGUUUCACAUCUGGAGAUGUUCAAGGAGGGCUCAAGUGCUGGGGAGUAUGGAUCAUUUGAGGAAGGGACGGGCAUUCCUUUGACGGACAAGGAAGGGCAGGAAUUGCCGAAAAGCAGGAAAAAGAAGUUGACCAAGGAGUGGGAGACCCAGAAGAAGCUGCACGAGGAUUUCUUGGCUGAGAAGGCCAAGGGCAACAUUGCUUAG